CUGGCAUUUGGCGCCAUCAUGCCUGAAAAAAUAACUGUGGAAGUUCGAUGUCACGUGACCGACCCAGCGAGAUCUCGCGAUUUGCCUUCACGGAUUAUGGAUUACAGUAAGAUUGGAGGUCAACAGCAUAAAAAAAAACAAGUUAAAAUGGAGCAGGAUUUGAAGAGUAAAAUUGAUCAAGCAUGUAGAACUGCUGAAGAAUUUACAAAAUUAUAUUAUGAAAGUUUGGACAAACGAAGAUAUAAUUAUAUAUUUCAGUUAAUUUCAAGAUUGUACUUGGAUACAGCUACUUUAAUAUGGAAUGGAAAUGGAGUUGAAACUAAAGACAAUAUACAAAAAUUUUGGACAGAUUUACCACCCUCUGAGCAUUCUAUUAUUACUUUAGAUGCACAGCCUAUCACAGGUCCAGGAAUAACUAGUCAGUUAACAUUCCUUGUUAAAGUUGGGGGACAAGUUAAGUUUGAAGAGAAAAGUUCAAAGCCUUUUAAUCAAACUUUUUUGAUCACUGCAGUGGGUGAUAAAUGGAAAAUUGUAAGUGAUUGUUUCAGAGCAUUAGAAACAUAGCAAAAAAUGCUGGUUGAUAUAAAGAUUAGUUAGAUGAUCUUAAUCAAAACGUAUCUGUCUUUUAUAAGUUGUAUAUAUUGUAUAAUAACAUUAAGAAAGUGUUCGCAUUAUACAUAAGAAAUUUUAUAAAAUAUGACAUUGUGCUUUAUUAUUCUAUGAUGCUUGUUAUUGAUUUAAAAAGCAUUUUAGUUCCAUAAUUAUUUUUAUUUUCAUUUUCGAUCUUAUAUGAAUGUAUAAAGCAAUAUUAAAAUUUUGUAUUAGUGAAUCAGUACAUUGGUCUUUAGAAAUGUAAUUUUACAUCAAAAAAUAAAAAAUAAAUACAAGUAUAAAUAGACAUAAAACUACUAUAAUACAUAUUAUAUAAAACAAGGACUUUCGUGUCACUUUUAAUAAUAAUAAUUUCUAAAUGAAUAUCCAUCAGCUAAAAUUCAUUUGUGUAAUUAUCUUUUUUCUUGAAUUCAGUUUCUCAAUUAAUACAAAUAAUAAAAUAAUGGUUUAGCUUAUCACAGGUACAAAUGAUUUAAAGAAAAUGAGUAAUUCAUCCAAAAUUACAUUGUAUGCUAUUAAUGUUAAUAUAUUGAAUGUACUAAUAGGCAGUGUCAUAAGACACAUUUCAUUGGUCACUAUUACUUCUGUUUGUAUUGCAUUCUACUUAGUUUCAAGCACAGAUUUAAUAAAGUAUAAGUUCAAAAAUUCCCAUAAAAGAAAUAAAAAAUAUUGUAGAUUUAACAACAGAAUAAGUAACAAUAUUGGCUGAGUAAUCAAUUAAAUUAAUUAUAUUUAUAUUGAUAAUUAUUGUUAUAACUUUUGAGUAUUUAAGAUUAUAUAUAUUAUAAUUUAUGAAUUAAAUAUAUUAAAAAAUUUUGAACUUUACAAUAAAGUGAGAAAUUUGCUUUUUAUAAGUUCCAAUUGUAUUAAUACAAUGAUUAAAAAUUAAAAAUUAUGAGUCUAUUACACAUUUUGGAGAAAAAUUAUUCUGAAUGUGAACCUACUGGUCCGAUAGAAAUUUGUAUAAAAAAUAUGUGCAAGAGUAAAGAGUCAAUGCGCCGAUAUUUUUAUGAAAAUUUCCAAACAUAUUCCUUUACUGCUGUGCCUUUGGAAGAACAUUUCCAUAUAUCCAUGAUUAAACAAAGCACACGACACUUAAGAAUUUGAUUAAUUACAUUCAAUUUUCUCAUUCUGGAUAAUUUAUGUAGGCAUACGAUACUUAGUACAGUUGUUAUUCAACUUAUGCUAUACAAAUACAAAAUUGUUAUAUUGUCCCACAGUACAUGUAAGAUAUCUUAACAUUAUAGUUUGUAUUUAUAAUGUGACCUACAACUUCGCAUAAAUGUACUAAGCAAUGAUGUGUAUAAAAUUACAUGUAAAUGAAAUGAUUUACGAUACAUAAGCAGCUUAAGAAAGUGUCUACAUUUUGUAAUGGCAAUCAUUCACAUUACAUUUAUAUGCACCACUGGUACUUCAGUUAUUAUUAAAACUGUGAUAAACUAUU